AUGUGCGGUGCGAACUGCACUUCAGACGGUGGCCAAUCAGAGUCCGCCAAUGUCGCCAUACGAUUGGUCAAUUCCAGCGCUAUGCGCGUCGCAAAAACGACUCUUCAUGACGGCCGUAUAGGAAUAAGCGAUAAUUUGUACGAAGUCAGAAGCACCUGGACGGUGAAAGGGCGGCGAUUGGCCGGACAGCAAGUCGGGUGCCAUUCGCUCGCUCUCACCAGCCUCGUCACCGCUUUUCGUCACUUGUCCUUCUUGCGGUUGCUCCUUCACAUCGGCGUCAGGUUUGAGCGCCCGGACGAAGAGACUGAAAUCUCGCCUCCGUCGAAAGCCUCGAUGGCCAGCAAGAGUUUCACCAUCCGGUCACUGAUCGAGCCGGAUAAGCCAGACGACCGCCGAAAGACCGGUACGCUUCUUGCUUAUAGACAGACACAUUUUGUUCUUGCUGUCGCUCAGGUGAAAGCCAUCAGCAAGCGCCUAAAAGCGGCACACGCGCAUUUCUACAGCAAGCCAAUGUAA